GGCAGCGGAGGCGGCGGGAGCGCCGGGUGCCGGGCCGGGGGAGCCGCGGGCUCUCGGGAAGACGCGGAUGAUGAACAAGCUAUAUAUCGGGAACCUGAGCCCCGCCGUCACUGCCGACGACCUCCGGCAGCUCUUCGGGGACAGGAAGCUGCCUCUGGCGGGACAGGUCUUACUCAAAUCCGGCUACGCCUUCGUGGACUACCCCGACCAGAACUGGGCCAUUCGAGCCAUCGAGACCCUCUCCGGUAAAGUGGAAUUGCAUGGGAAAAUCAUGGAAGUUGAUUACUCAGUCUCUAAAAAGCUAAGGAGCAGAAAAAUCCAGAUUCGAAACAUCCCACCUCACCUGCAGUGGGAGGUGUUGGAUGGACUGCUGGCCGAGUAUGGGACAGUGGAGAACGUAGAACAAGUUUUCAUUUCUUUCCUAGUUAACACAGAUACAGAAACUGCGGUUGUCAACGUCACCUAUUCAACAAGAGAAGAAGCAAAGAUAGCCACCGAGAAGCUCAGUGGGCGUCAGUUUGAGAACUACUCCUUCAAGAUUUCCUACAUCCCCGACGAAGAGGUGAGCUCCCCUUCACCCCCUCAUCGAGCCCGGGAACCAGGCCACGGCCCCGGGAGCUCUCCUCAGGCCAGACAGAUUGAUUUCCCGCUGCGGAUCCUGGUCCCCACCCAGUUUGUUGGUGCCAUCAUCGGAAAGGAGGGCUUGACCAUAAAGAACAUCACUAAACAGACCCAGUCCCGGGUGGACAUCCACAGGAAGGAAAAUUCCGGGGCUGCAGAGAAGCCAGUCACCAUCCAUGCCACACCAGAAGGGACAUCGGAAGCAUGCCGCAUGAUUCUUGAAAUUAUGCAGAAAGAGGCUGAUGAGACCAAACUGGCUGAGGAGGUUCCUCUGAAAAUCUUGGCCCACAAUGGCUUCGUUGGAAGACUGAUUGGCAAAGAAGGCAGAAAUCUGAAGAAAAUUGAACAUGAGACAGGGGCCAAGAUAACCAUCUCAUCCUUGCAGGAUUUGAGCAUCUAUAACCCUGAGAGAACCAUCACUGUGAAGGGUACCAUUGAAGCUUGCGCCAGCGCUGAGAUAGAGAUCAUGAAGAAGCUGCGGGAGGCCUUUGAAAACGACGUGCUGGCUGUUAAUCAACAAGCCAAUCUUAUCCCAGGGUUGAACCUCAGUGCGCUUGGCAUCUUUUCAACAGGACUGUCCGUGUUUCCUCCACCAGCAGGGCCCCGUGGAAUUCCCCCCAGUGCCCCCUACCACCCCUUUGCCACCCACUCCGGAUACUUCUCCAGUCUGUACCCUCAUCACCAUUUUGGCCCGUUCCCGCAUCAUCACUCCUACCCAGAGCAGGAGACUGUGAAUCUCUUCAUCCCAACCCAGGCUGUGGGUGCUAUCAUCGGAAAAAAGGGGGCGCACAUCAAACAGCUGGCUCGGUUCGCUGGUGCCUCUAUCAAGAUAGCUCCAGCGGAAGGUCCAGACAUCAACGAAAGGAUGGUCACCAUCACGGGGCCACCCGAAGCUCAGUUCAAGGCUCAGGGACGGAUCUUUGGGAAGCUGAAAGAAGAAAACUUCUUUAAUCCCAAGGAGGAGGUGAAGCUGGAGGCCCACAUCCGUGUUCCCUCAUCGGCAGCUGGCCGGGUGAUCGGCAAAGGGGGUAAAACCGUAAACGAGCUACAGAACUUGACAAGCGCAGAAGUCAUCGUGCCUCGAGACCAAACGCCAGAUGAAAAUGAGGAAGUGAUCGUCAGAAUUAUCGGGCAUUUUUUUGCUAGCCAGACUGCACAGCGCAAGAUCAGGGAAAUUGUACAACAGGCGAAGCAGCAAGAGUCGAAAUACCCUCAGGGAGUCGCCUCACAUCGCAGCAAGUGAGGCUCCCCAGGCAUCAGUGAACAACAGAUGAAUGUAACCCUCCCAACACCUGACAGACGAGACCAAACCCAGCCAGCGGAUUGGGAGCAAACCAAAGACAUCCUGAGGAGUGAAAAGUCUGCAGAGCAACCAGGGCCUGCAGACCCUCCUACAUCCUGGGAUCCAGGAGGGCAUAGGGAAGGCCAGGUGUCCCCCACCUCCACCCCCACCCCCCAGAAACACCACUUGGCUUGCCCUCAGCUUUCCCUGGCUUCUGCAGGCCUACAGCCAUACACUGCCCAUCCAUUCAGAUCUCUCCUCAGCUCCCAUGACGUUAUCCCUUUCGGUUGAACUAACAUAGGUGAACAUGCUCGAAGCAAAGCAAAAUUCCUAGCCCCUUCUGUGUUGUGGGAAGUUGCCUCUGUACAUGUCUGUGCACAUUAGAAGGGGAAAGACGUUAAGAAAUGUGGCCUGUGGGUUACACGGGGCGCCUGCAGCGUUAAUAUAUUUUAGAAAUAAUAUAUCAGAUAACUCAACUAACUCUAAUCUUUACUCAAUUAUUAAUUUUGUUUUCUUUUUGAAGAGAAAGCAGGCUUUUCUAGACUUCAAAGAAUAAAGUCUUGGGUGAGGCCCAUUGGUAUAGAAAGGGACUUUGAGCCACCCACACAGAACUCAACUUGGAGGGGAAGCUAGUCAGGGACACUUAAUGGCAGUUGUGGAUCACCUGUGCCUGUCAACAGAAGGGAUACCGUCCCUGAGGAGGGAC